AUGUCGGGUAUCUACUUGGCUUUAGGAGUGUUAUUGGUUAUGUCCAAUCUAAAUCUUGGAGUAACUCAAUGGUUACCUACAUAUGAGGCAUUCAGAAGUGAAAAUAUCGACGAUCUAAAUGGUACAGUUUAAUGUCAGCAAGCAUAGGAUGGGUAAUCCAAAAUCAAUAUGAAGCUACGUUUGAUGUUGUAACGAAAUGUGGGCCAAUAUAAAUUUUAGGAGGAUUGAAGUCUUUCGGUUCCCAAACUACAUUAACAAAGAUGAUAAAGAUUCCUCCACAUUAUAGACUUAAAUUUAUAAUACAAUUAUGGAAGUACUACCCAAAAGUUAUGUAGAAUAGGCGAUUGGGAAAAUGAUAAAAUUUAAGUCUUUGUGGAUGGUGUGCCGUGGGAAAUGAAAUGGGGUUUCACAGAAGGAGGAAAACAAUUAUGUGGUGGUCCAAAAAUUCCUAACAGUGAUAAAGUUUAUGACGUCGAAUUUGAGGUAGCUCAUAAUUCCCCAACAGCUACUAUCGUCAUAGCUAGUACCUAAGUUCAGAGUGCAGAUAAAUAAGCAUGGGGCAUAAGAAAUAUAAAAAUCUCUUUUAAGGAAUGUCCUUCCCAAUGCGGCAUAUGUCAUAAUGAUAAAGCUAAUGAAUGCAAAUAUUGGAAGCAAGUUGAUCUUAGUUGGUUUCAUACUGACACUUCAUUAGAAGGAUGGAAUUUACAAGAUGGCAAAUAAAAAUCAUUUUAAUGCUCUGGAAUUGUAAUGUUUGGAGGUCCCAAUAAUGUUGGAAGUAAGGCCGUUUUAAUUAAAUAAACAAAAAAUCUACCUCCUCAUUAAAAAGUAAUGAUCAAAUUCACUUUAUGGAAGGUAUCUCAAUAUCAUCUAAUUUAAGUUUGGUUUAUGGGAUAACGAUCAAUUCUAUGUGUACAUUGAUGAUGAAUAAGUGUAUAAGCAGACAUUCUAAAAGCUAGAUGGAUUAAGCAUAUGUGGAGAGUAAUCCCUAUUAUUCAUAGUGUUUAGUUCCAAACCAGGGUGUGGGUAGAAGUUGGUGAACAUAGAAAUAAUCUAAAAGCAUAAGAAAAAUGAGAUGACAGUGAAAUUCACUUCCUCUUUAAAGUAAGGUACUAAGUUUUUAACAAUAUUUUAGAUCCUGAAGACCAAUCAUGGGGUGUUAGAGAUUUCUUCGCUUUUGCAGCUGAAUGCCCAAAAUUCUGUAAGAGUUGCUAUGGAUCAGGAGACAAUGAAUGUUUAAAAUGUGAAGAAACGCAUUAAUUAAUUGAAGGGAAAUGUGUCAAUAAAGACGAUUGGUUUAUUUUAUCAAAAGAGUUUAAUGAACCAUAGAGUUUUAAAAAGAUAAAAGAAUGGUAGAUCGAAAACAUUGAUCCUAUUCAAUCUGAGGUCGAAUCUUCACCUAUCACGUAAUGUGGUAAGGAUGUCAGCAUUUUUGGAGGCUACAAAAUAUUGGCUAAAGUAAAAUAGAUUAUAAUAUUCAGAAAUCAUUAGUUUCAAAAGUUUACUCUGAUAUUCCAGCACAUAAUUUCUUAAGAUUACGAAUCACCAUGUAUAAGAUAGACAGAUGGGAUGGCGAAGAAUUGAUUAUUCUAGGGGAUGAUAAAUUGAUAUGGAGUCAACUCUUGGGUUGGAAUGACCCAGGUCAAUCAAAUAUAUGUGGGGAUCCAAAAAGUCCAUGGAAGGAAAGAAUUAUGUUUAUUGAUCAAGUCAUAUAGCAUAAUAAAGAUGAGUUCAAAUUGACCAUCACGUCCACCUUAUAAGCAACUGCAGAAGUUGCUUCAUGGGGGUUUAGAGAUGUUAUGUUGCUUUAUUCACCCAUUAAAGAAUGUAUUACUAUAUUUAGUGAAUGCAACUAUUAAGGGGAAUAAGGAUAGAUUUGUGAUAAUAUUGAAGAAUUAAACAAAGUAUAAAUUCAGUAUUUUAUGGGUAGUUUGAUUUUUAAAUAAAGUCUAUGCAGAUACCUGAAGGAUUGAAAUUUGUUGGUUUCAAGAAUGCCAAAUUCAAGGGAGACCGAGUUGAAUACACAACAAAUUAAAAAUGUCUUGAAGAUAUUCAAUUUUCAUUCAUCCAAAGAAUAUGA